UCUCGUAAUAAAUGGCGGCGCUGGAAUGUCAAGCAGUGGUUGUCUCUCUCUUGAAGUUGGGACGCGUUCCAAGUUUCGGUUUAACCGUCGAUACAAUAAGACGUAUCUGAACAAGUUCAGACCUGUGAUUUUUGGAAGUUGUCUUGGAACCUGCCAAGGUCUUAUUCACUCAUACUUAUCUUGCUAAUCUAAUUAAUCACAAGAAAUCUACAUGAAUCGGGAAGCUGGCGUAAGGGGAUAAUAUUCCCAGAGCCAUAAAUUGAAGGAAGGAAAGGACGCGUUCCGAAAUCUACAAAAAAUUGGUGCACAAACCUUUUAAACCACGAGUAUACACGUGGCAAUAAAUUGUUUUGCUACAUUUACUUUUAUUUGUCAAAAUGAAACAAAAGAGGAAAAGGCGCGAUGAAGAUGAUCAUGAAUACGAUCCCGCUCCUAAACACCUGCAAGUAGGACAUAUAAAAAAUCAAGAGAAACGUCUUAUUGUUAUAUUAGAAAAUGCACAAUUAGAAUCCGUUAAGAAUGGAAACAGCUUUGAGUUGUUUAAUUGCGAUGAUCAUGCAGCUAUUUCUAAGAAACUCAAUCGUGAUCCAGGCUCAUGUAGACCGGAUAUUACACAUCAGUGUCUGUUAAUGUUAAUGGACAGUCCAUUAAAUAGAGCAGGAAUGUUGCAAGUAUAUGUACAUACAGAAAAAAAUGUUCUCAUAGAAAUUAAUCCACAAACCAGGAUACCGAGGACUUUCAAACGCUUUGCUGGACUAAUCGUACAAUUACUGCACAAAUACAGUAUUAGAGCAACUGAAGGAUCAAUAAAACUCCUGAAAGUGAUUAAGAAUCCUGUAUAUAAUCACUUGCCAGUUGGUUGUCGCAAAAUACUUAUGUCAUUUAAUGCUAACAAAAUACUUAAUCCACGAGAACUUGUGCCUUCCGAAGAACCAAUUGUUAUUGUAGUUGGAGCUAUGGCACAUGGACAAGUUAAAACUGAUUAUACAGAGGAUACUAUUUCAAUCAGUAAAUAUCCUCUCUCUGCUGCUAUCACUUGUAGCAAAUUAUGUACAGCAUUUGAAGAAGUUUGGGGAAUUGUAUAAUAAAAAAAACUGUAACCUGUUA